AUGGAUAUCUUUGAAAAAGCGCUCAAGCUAGUAGUUGUUGGCGACGCACGUGUUGGCAAGUCAAGCUGGGUAUCCUUCCUAUUAGAUGACUUUUAUGAAUCUGAAUAUACCCCGACGGAUGGCUAUAAUCGUGUGAGAAUCGACUUCUUGACUGAUUGUGGGCAGGCCAAAAUUGAUUUCUGGGAUGUGUCUGGGUCUUGUAGUACAGCUCAAGAUAGGGCUAGGUGGAUAGAAGGUUGUGAUGCUGCCAUUAUCAUGGUUGAUCUAGCAGACCAGGCUAGUAUCGAAAACACAGUCUCUUGGUAUAAGGAGAUUAAGUCUUCCCAGCACUCACCCUCGCUACCAGUCAUAAUGUUUUCCUGGAAGGCCUAUGAAAAGACUGAUGAGCGGGCAAUCGACCCAACAAAGAUCUCUUGGUCUGAUGAGCUGGACGACACGCCAUUCUAUCACACUACUCAUGUAGAUCUUAAUGUGAAGUCAAAUAGAAUCUUUGCGAGUCAGUCUGAUAGACGACCUAUUGGAUGGAUCAUAGAAGAACUGACGGGUCACCCCGACGUGUGGUUCGAUAUAGUUUACUCCCCGGAUGAAUCCAUUAACCGGCCUUUUGACCCCGAUAUUCUCAAACAAAUUGCACCUGAGGCAUUCUCGAUAGUUCUCGACCACGACGACGACGAUGAAUUGUGA